UGGAGACUCUCCAUUGUCCCCCCUCUUUCAUCAUCAACGACAGCUGUGUUGGGCUUUUCAGAUUACCGCGAUACGUCUGCCAACCGAUUGAGAGGUUGUUUUUAUUUGAGUUUUGACUCUUUGCUGGCUGUCUUGUUUAUUUGUUGAUCAGCUUUCCCGCGCGGAACAAGAGACGCGCCCCGCGCCGCGCGCCGAGUUAAAAUUACAGCUGACACUUGACUGAGGUCUGGUACCUGACGGGCUGGGCUGGCCUGACGUGCAUAUACCUACCUACCUACCUACUGCCCGCAUAUCCAUCCAUCUUCAGCGUACUGUUUUCCGGAUCAACCGAGAACCUACACCCGAACUUGAACGUCCAAUUCUCAACAUAUCACAGCGUUUUUGCUUUGCAAUACUUCUUCAUAUCGACCCGACAACCGAAUUUGCGAGAUCGUCACAAUGGCGGCCUCGCCCUCGAGCGCCGCCGGUGCCACGACGGCAAACAGCUCGCCGUCCUCCGACCCCAUCCUCCGUAACGCGCUCCGAUACACCAUCUCCGCUCGCGAAUAUGCCCUCUUGCACAAAUAUGUCAUUUCGAAAUCCCGAGCGCUGAAGCGGCGAGCGCCGACGGUGGAGAAGGUGAGGAAUAUGAUGGAUGGGCCUCAGCAAAUGCCACAGCAGCAGGGGAGGAAGGGGUUUAUUGGUGGGCAGGGGGAUAAGAGACGGGGGUCGAUCAAAGGGAAGGAUGUCGCUCCGCCGACAGCACAAGGGGCUGAUGAUUACAAUGCAAAGGCCAUCAGGCAUUCCAUCAGGGUGUUUAUGGCCACCGGGGCAGUGAUGAAGCUUUGGGGGUUGGCGCAGACGAGGUUGUUGGGGAAGAAGGGGGAUGGGGGAGGGAAGGAUAGGCAAGGGGGGUUGCACAAGAGUCCUACUUUGAGGUUGGGGUUGAGUUUGAGCACGAUUCUGUUUCUGUAUAGGGUGUUGUUUAGGUUUUUUACGAGGUUGAGGGUGCAGCUGCUGGAGCCGAGUGCUGCGCCGUUUAGGAAGCGGAAUCCAAAGACGGCGAGCACGCUGACGAGUCCGUACGCGCCGGCUGUUGGGGCGAGUUUGGCGGGGUUGGCGUUGGGGGUUUAUCCGGCGGAGCAGUUGAGGGUGACGAUUGCUUUGUUUUUGGGGUUUAAGGCUGUGGAGUGGGGGUGGAAUUGCGCAGAGGAGAAUGGGAUGGUUUGGGGGUGGGAGAAGAUGGGGUUGGGCGGGAAAGGGAAGAUGAGGGAGAGGCCUUGGUGGUGGGGGAGUUGGAUGUUGCAGCCGUUGGCGUUUGGGCAGUUGUUGCAUGCGGCGGUGUUUGAUAGGGAGUGUUUCCCGAAGGGGUUCGGGAAUGUGGUGGAGAGAUUUUCGUUGACGUAUUUGCAUCCCAAGCCAGAGGAUUUCCCGGCGGGAAUGCAGUGGCCUACAACUGAGGUGGUGGUGGACGGGAUUGCGAGGAUGGCGAAGUUGAGCUGGCCGGCGUUUAUCUCGCCAACCCUCUUCCCAGGCAAAGAGGACACCCUCCCCCCUGGGCUCUCCCCCAUCGCGCCUCUGACCUCGGGCGCCCACCCCCUUAUCACGUCGCUUUCUUGUGCGACACUUCACCCCUCCGACCCAUCUUGCACACGCACAUUCCUCACCUUCUGGCUCCGCUCCUUCCCACCACUCACCCGCAUCCUUUUGCUGGUCUACUCUAUCCUGAUGGUCCCCAAGAUGAAGUCCUUUUAUCACUUCCCCGUCUCCACCAUCCAGACCCUUGUAUCCAACGCUCUCCGGAUGUCAACCUUCCUCACUGGUGCCGUUGCCACCGCCUGGUCAAGCAUCUGCUUCUUCCAGAGCUGGUUCCCACGGACUUUCCUGCCCACUCAACGGAUGUUCCUCGGUGGGUUCCUUGCUGGUCUCUGGGCGAUUAUCGAGCAGGGGAGACAAGGAAGCAGACAGAUCUUCUUGUAUAGCGCCAAGGCUAGUGUCGAAAGCUUCUGGAAGGUGGGAGUGAAGAGAAGGUGGUGGAGGGCGAUGAAGGGGGGUGAUGUGUGGGUUUUUGUUGCGGCGUUGAUGCUCACUGGUCUUGUGUAUGAGAGGGAUGCGAGGGCGAUUAAAGAGGGGAGCUGGAGGAAGGGGAUCAGUUGGGUUAGGGGAGAGGGGUUGAGGGAUUGGGGGGUUGAGGUUGAGGAGGGGGAGGAGGAUGAGGAACGGGAGAAAGAGGAGUGAGGGGGUGGUGCUGAUGGAAAGGGGCGGGUGUUGAUUGAUAGUACAUAGACAGGGUAAGGGGUUGUUUGGGACCUUUUGGUGGGACCGCGUUGUCAUUUUGAUAGAGUGGUCUUGUGAUGAGAUCUAUGAUGUAUGAAUGAUUUAUUUUUGGGACUUGGUUUUUACAGUCUUGCUCAGCGUCAGGUUGGACCGCCUUUUUUGCAUUUAGGUGAACUGACUCUUUGGAUAGGUAGGAGAU